CUUGCGACAUGCGCAGGCCUCGGUUGACCUACAUAGCUAUGCACCUAAUGCAUUAACAACACAAAGCAGUGACACACACGUGCAGAUAUCGGAUCAUUAACCGAGAGAGACGGAGAUCCACAUCGGGAUUAACAAUGUAGUCUUGACUGUAGCAGUAGUUUCUGCGUUGUACGGCACUACAACAUGGAUGCCUCUCGAGCCGUGCUUGUCCUCUACCAAACUCUGCUGAUAGUCACACACGGUCAAGAGAGCUGCAUUUGGGGAAAAUAUGGAGAAAACUGCAGCAAAGACUGCCCUUCCAACUGUAUCGCCAAUCCAGGGAGAAACAUCAGGCACUGCCACAAAGAGACAGGGAGGUGCUCGGAGGGGUGUGUGCCGGGGUGGUUUGAGGAUCUCUGUGAUCACGCCUGUAGCAAGAACUGCCUGAGAAACAUCUGUAAUCGGCAAAAUGGAAUCUGCACGUUUGGUUGUAGUGGAGACUAUACAGGCGACUAUUGUAACAUUGGACAAGUAGACGCAUCUCCGAAAGGUCCUAUUGACUCAACCACGAACGGUCCUGUCGACACCACCACAACACAACCCACGAAUCUUGCUGCGAUUCUUGUCCCUGUGUUCAUCGUCAUCAUCGUUGUCGCUAUCAUCCUUGCUGUGGUGUUGCUCAAACUAAAACGGAGAAGGGGGCGUUCAGAUAACAGUCCUGCUGAACGUCUGUCCUUGAUCGAGAAGCAGCCUGAAGCAGGUCAGUGCACAUCUUCAAGGGAUGAGGAUACUCUCUGCAGCCAUUCAGACGGAGAGAAGCUACCAAGAGAUCUGCCAUGCCAGAUAGAGGAUAUCAAGGGCCUAUUCAUUGAAACUGAGAGUUUCAAAGAGGUGAAAGAGAAGUUGAAUAGGUUUGGCCAUGUGACAAUAAGCGGUGCUCCAGGAGAAGGUAAAACAUCCAUGGCCCUGAUGUUGGGAGCUGAAUACAGGAAGCAGGGGUAUGAGCUGGUACUGGUUGAGGAUGUUGGGACUCUUCAGUUGUCUGAUUGCCUAGGUCAGGGCAAGGACGUGUGUGUCAUAUUCGAUGACAUAUUUCAGAAGGGUGGAUCUAUGGAUGUGCAUCGCCUGAGACAAGUUCUCUAUGAGCUCCAUGGACAUCUUGAACAAUGGAAAACCAAGUUGGAAACAAGAUACCAGAGUCUCCAGCAAACACGAGGGGCGGAACAGAGGAGGACCGACCAACCAAACCUGUAUGUUAUAUUCACCACAGAUAGCAACAACCUUGAAUGUGCAAUGUCAAAACUUGAAGGCCAUAUAUUUUUCCAAAACUCUUCAGUGGUAGACUUGACCAAAUCAAAGAAAAUGGAAGAGAAGAAGGCCAUAUGGUUGAAACACAAAAGUCACUAUAACUGUGAAACUGACGUUGAUGUGACUACAAUUAUUUCAUACGAGGAAACUGUUGGUUUUCCUCUGGCAUGCAAACUUUUCUCAACACACAUGCCUUUUCAAGAGCUCAAGGAAACGUUUUUUGAAAGGUCUCUGUUCUAUCUUCAACGUGCUUUUCAUCAGGACACAAGUCAACUUGAUGACCAGUCCCUUAAACUGCUGCUGAAGUCAAUGUGUGAUGGUGAAGUGAAAAUCAGGCAACUGGAGACUGAAUCUGAUGCAGACCUGAAACGGGUUUUAACUCUUGUCUCAUUAUUCCAUCCUCUUAUACAUGACACAUGCAUGUCUGCGUUAUUGAAUACUAGGCCAGAGCUUGUCCUUCAUAACUGCAGUAUAAAGUUUAUUUGUGAGCAUGUACCUAACCAGCAACACAACAAUGCUCAUGUAGAACAGAAUGUCAUGCAUUUCUCAGAUGCCUACAGUGACACCAUUGCUGCCAGGCUGGCUGAAGCUGUUGUUGCUGGCACUUUCAGUAGGUACAUCAUGCAUCCCAUAUGGAAAAGGAAAGACAUAGAAGAUAAAGUGUACCAAAUGCUUAAAGAUGUAGGCACUAUGUCUUCUGAUUCUAAGCACAGCGUUCUCCAUUUUGCCUGUUUCUCUGGGAACAAUGACAUCACUGAAAGAUUUCUCCCUCACUGUGACAUCAAUAGACGUGCUGUGAAUGGCUGGACGCCCGCUAUGUUCGCUGUAACUGGUGGACAGAUGGAUACUUUGAAACUUCUCGUCAAAGGUCAAGCUGAUAUCACAUUAUGUGAUUCCUCGAACAACGACCUAUUCCAUUUGGCUUGUGAAUAUGGGGAUAUGUCAAUAGUGGAGUAUGUGGAAAGAGUGAUGACGAAAGGUACAGCUUGGCAUGUCAAUUGCCGAGGAAUGAAUGACAUGACACCAGUUAUGUGUGCAGUUUUCUCUGGAAAGAAUGACCUCUUGCACUAUCUUGUCAAGAAGAAGACAACUGAUUUAACAUUACAAGAUAGGAACAACAACACUGUUCUUCAUCUGGCAUGUAUGUAUGCAAAUGAGUCCAUUGUUAAUUCGUUGUUGCCAUUAACAGAUAGAGAUUGUCAUGGGGAAAAUGGCAUGACACCUAUAAUGUGUGCACUAUUGUCUGGGAGGAGGGACAUAUUCAACCUUCUCAUGUCACACAGUGCAGACAUCUCUUUGACUGAUGAUGACAACAACAGCCUCCUUCACUUGGCCUGCCUCCUUGAUGAUGUACCCCAAAUUCUACUUACAGACUUUGACAUUGAUGUUCCAGGAAGUCAUGGUUGGACACCUGUAAUGAAGGCAGCAGUCAAUGGAGCAGCGCAUGCAUUUCACCUGCUUGUGGAGGCAAAGGCUGAUCUUUACCCGAAAGAUGACAACAACAACAAUAUCCUUCAUCUUGCAUGCCAUGGUGGACAUGUCUCCAUUGUGAAAUAUCUACUGACAAGGUUUGAUAUAAAUGCUUGUGGAAAUAAUGGAUGGACGCCAGUAAUGUACGCAGCUGCCAAUGGAGAGAAGAACGUGUUUGACCUGCUUGUGUCAAAGAGGGCUGAUUUAUCCCUGAAGGAUGACUACAACAAUUCAGUAUGUAAUUUAGCAUGUGCAGGUGGAAAUAUGUCCAUCGUUGAAUAUUUACUUCCAAAGUAUGAGAUCAAUAGUCGGGGUGACCACGGGAGAACUGCAAUUAUGAAUGCUGCCUGGUCAGGCCAAAGUCAUAUUUUCAAAUUGCUUGUGUCACAGGACGUUGAUCUUAAACUGACUGACGACAACAAUGACACGGUGCUUCAUUUUGCCUGCGAGGGAGGGGAUGCAGCCAUUGUGGAACAUCUCCUGACCAGAGUUGACCUCAAUACUCGAGGAAGGAAUGCUUGGACCCCGGUCAUGGUCGCAGCUCGCUUUGGAAAAUUAGAUCCUUUCAACUUGCUUGUUUCAAAACAAGUAGAUCUCAGACCGACUGACGACCACGGUAACAACAUGCUACAUCUUGCAUGUCAGGGAGGAAACAGGUUCAUCAUAGAGCAUCUGCUUCCACUGUUUGACAUCAACAGUCGAGGACAGGAUGGAAGGACGGCUGUGAUGUAUGCAGCUGUCAAUGGACUGAAAAGUGUAUUUGACCUGCUUGUCUCAAACAAGGCUGAUGUUUUACUGAAGGAUGACUACAACAAUUCUGUAUUUCAUUUAGCAUGUCUAGGUGGAAACAGUUCAAUUGUGGAACAACUAUUUCCAAAUGUUGAUCUCAACAGUGUGGAUGACAAUGGGAGAACAGCAAUCAUGAAGGCAGCUUGUGCUCGAAACAAGAGUGUUUUUAAUUUUCUUGUCUCAAAGAACUCCGAUGUGAAAGUGAUAGAUGACUACAGAGACAGUGUGCUACAUUUCGCAUGUAAUGGCGGAGACAAGACUAUUGUUGAGUGCAUUCUUCAAAGGCUUGACAUCAAUACCCGGGGAAGGAAUGGUUGCACACCAGUGAUGAUUGCAGGUCGUUUUGGAAACAGACAUCUGUUCAACUUGCUUGUUUCAAAGGAAGCGGAUCUCACUAUGACUGACGACCACGGUAACAACAUCCUCCACCUUGCAUGUCAGGGAGGAAACAGGUUCAUCAUAGAGCAUAUGCUUCGACUGUGUGACAUCAACAGUUGCGGACAGGAUGGCAAGACGGCUGUGAUGUAUGCAGCUGUCAAUGGACGAAGGAGGGCGUUUGACCUGCUUGUCUCAAAUGGGGCUGAUAUUUCCCUGAAGGAUGACUACAAAAAUACUGUAUUUAAUUUAGCAUGUAUAGGUGGAAAUAUGUCCAUUAUGGAAUGUUUACUUCCAGAGUAUGAGAUCAACAGUCGGGCUCACAUCGAGAGAACAGCAAUAAUGGAGGUAGCUUUGGCAGGCAAAAUACAUGUCUUUGACUUUCUCGUGUCAAAGGACGCUGACCUGAAACUGAUAGAUGCCUACACGGAUACAGUUCUACAUUGUGCAUGUCAAGGAGGGAACACAGCCAUUGUAGAAUAUCUUCGGGAGAUAUUGGACAUUAAUGAGAAGGGACAGAAUGGCUUGACACCAGUAAUGCAUGCAGCUAGGGCUGGUCAGAAGAAUGUAUUCAAUCUGCUUGUAUCACAACAAGAUGAGUUGAAUCUGCUUGAUCACACCAGGAACAAUUUACUGCAUCUUGCUUGUCAGGGGGGAAACCAUUUCAUCAUAAAGUACCUCUUGCAAAAGUUUGACGUUAAUGGUCCUGGACAAGACGGGUGGACACCAAUAAUGAUGGCAGCUCUCAGUGGAAAGAUGGAUGCUUAUGAUCUGCUUGCAUCAAAUGGGAGCAUUCCAUCCCUGACUACUCCGCAGAAUGAUAAUGUUCUUCAUGCAGCAAGUCAAGGUGGUAACAAGGCCAUAGUAAGGAAGGUCAUUGACAUCUUUGACAUCAACACCAGGGGCAGGAAUGGUUCCACACCUCUGAUGAGGGCUGUUAUUGGAGGCCACAUUAGUGUGCUGAAGUUCCUGAUGUCUCGUUCAGCUGACGAUACUCUGGUGGACAAUGAUGGGCUCACCCUUCUACAUCUUGCUUGUACAUAUGGUCACCUUGAUGUUGUGAAACACAUCUCAGACAGGUUUGAUAUAAACACUAAAGACAAGGCUGGUUUAACAUGCAUCAUGACAUCGGUACUGUAUGGUAAAGUUGCAGUAUUUGAAUACCUGCAAAGUAGAGACGCAGAUUUGUUACUAGUUGACAAUGAAGGCGAUGACGCCUUAAAUCUUGCCCUUAAAGUAGACUGCAAGCAAAUCAUAGAAAAGCUGUCAUCAGGUAGAGAGUCAGAGAGGAACGUCACACCAUGGAGUGCCCUUAUGAAGGCAGACAUAAGGUCAGAUGUGUAUCAUCUGAAUAAAAACCGGCAAGUUUCCCUUAGGCUCUAAUGAGGCCACUGUAGAGGAUGUUAUUGACAACUUUGACAUCAACACUAGUGGAAGGAAUGGCGAGACUCCUCUGACGAGAGCAGUCCGCUGAGGUCACAUUGCCGUGUACAGAUACUUGGUGUUCUGCAGUGCUGACCGUACUCUCCUCGACGAUGACUGACAUAAUAUUCUACAUCUUGCUCGUCAUCACGGACAACUUGUAAUAUUAAAAUAUGCCAUUGAUUAUUUCGAUAUCAACUGAAAGGACAAUAUUGGUGUGACACCUGGAAUGACGGCAGCUCUACACCAGCAAGCUGCAGUACUCAAAUACAAUAAAGGCACAUAUCUGACUUUAGUUGACAACACGGGAGACGAUGCCUUUACUCUCGUGCUUUAGUUUGGAAGCAGACAAAUACAUAAAAAAGCAACUAGAACGUAAACCAGACAAGACAGUGACUCCAUGGAAUGAACUUAUGACAAAUUUGGUAAGAAUGGAAAAGUCACACCUUGUGUCCACAGAGACACACUCUACACUGAAAACUAUAACAAGGUUUAUAUUGUACAUUAAAUGCUGUAUUAGUA